UCGGAGCAAUGGAGCAUAUCUUUUGAGUGGAAAAAGCAGAAUUGCCACUCGUCUCUCUCACUUUGAUUUUGUUCAUAUCGGUUUCUACAGGGAGAAGGAUUAAGACUGAGCUUGACAAUGGAAUCCAACGAAUUCGAACAUCUCCCAAUUCUCUGAUCCCGAUACCUUUAAUUCCUUUCAGUUCCUGCACAAAUUAAAUAUCGGGUCCUUUAGAAUACUGGGUCUUUUUUCAGAAUUUUCUUUGGUUGGAAUUGGGUACAUAUCCGGUUAGUUACUGGUGGUUGAAGAAAUGGAGUUUUAUGUUGCAUUUUGCUGCGUUUUUCUGUUGUAUUAUCAGGAACGCUGUUUUGGGUUGUGAUAGUUGCUAGAUUUUGGUGAGGGAGGGGGUGUCAGCUAUGGGAUUUUUGCUGGUUUUUUCAAAGGGGCCACCGAGGAAAAGAAGAGCAGGGCUAAGAAUUAAACAAGCGGGGCGGGGAUCCUACAGAGGUAGUUAGGGUAAAUUGUAGACAUAAUUUGGGUUUUUUUUAGUGUAAUAUAUACUUCUGUGAUUUAGUUGGAACGAUUGAAGAUGGGUACUACUGCUUUGAGACAGUUGUUGAAGAGUCUGUGCAGCAAUUCACCUUGGAAAUAUGCAGUGCUUUGGAAGCUUAGGCAUUGGAGCCCGUUGAUUUUGACCUGGGAAGAUGGGUAUUGUGUUUACCCUGGACCAAGAGAACCAGUCGAAAGCAUGUCAUAUGGCAUCUAUUCUAAUCACGCCAGUGACAUAAUUUCUUCCUGUUGUGAAUCUAACUUCCUUGAUGGUGGUCUUGGUGGUUAUCCGAUUGGAUUACUUGUAGCUAAUAUGUCAAAUCUCCAGUAUGCAUGGGGUGAAGGGGUUAUUGGUAAAGUAGCGCAGACAGGGAAGCAUUGCUGGGUUUCCUAUGAUGAUAUUUUGGGCAAAGAUGACUCUAGGUUAUUUGCUCAGUGUCCAGAGGAAUGGCUACUUCAGUUCAUGUCAGGAAUCAAGAUUAUUGUGCUUAUACCUGUGCUUCCAUAUGGAGUUCUGCAGCUUGGUUCUUUGGAGAUGGUUCCUGAAGAUCUAGCAGUCAUUUCUUAUGUCAAAGAUAGAUUUACACAUCACACUGCUGGAGGAAAUACCACAUCUUUAUCCUUCAACAGGAAUGUUCAGGCUCAAUCAUUAUCGCCAUUAAUAAGUAGCCUUGUAGAGAAGUUGGAUGAAUCAUCGACUACAUCCACUAGUCCACAUAAAUCUGAAGAUUCCAGGGCUGUUGACAGUGUCAAACCAAACAGUGUUAGACUGCUAACUUCAGAUCAGGUUGUAACGCUGCUAGAUUUUCAGAAUCCACCUCUGUUCACUGGACAAAAUCUGACUGAGAAUCUUGUAAGUGCUAGUGAACCUAAUUUUGGUAGCAGAGAAGUAUCCUCACCACCAAGCCAGUCAAUGAAGGCUAGCCAGCCAGAGAUGGAGAGCAAACUGUUUGGUAUGUCGUGUCUUGAAGAAGACUUACUGAUGUAUCUUGCAUCUAACAAUUACAGUCUUGAUGAGUAUGGAGAUUUUCUCACUGGAAUUAUGAACUCUAACCAUACUAAAGAUUUUGCGGAAGAACCUUUUGGGGAAAAAAAUAUUAAUGAUGUGGAUCUUGAAGCUUGGAGCAGCUUCUUUAGCUUUCCCAAACACUGUGAAUUACACAAAGCACUUGGCCCAGCUUUUCAAAAACAGAGCAAUGAAUAUUUAUGUGACUUGUCUACCUUAGGUGAGGAUGCACACAGCAAAGCUACACACCGAGAUCUUGCUGGUGGCAUUGAACCCUCAUCAUCAAUUAAAGGAGAUGAUGCAGAAUACCUGUUGCAAGCUGUGGUUGCUAACAGAUAUAGUGGCACAGAGGACACUUCUUCUAAUGAAUCCAGUGGAGUCAAGUCAUCCAUAGCAUCAACAGGGCAUAAAGCUGUGACUUCUCGAUCUCCAAGAUCAAGGAUGGAAGUACAUCCCACUCAUCAAGCUAUAUCUGCAUUUGUCUCCAAGGCCAAAAAUGAUUUUAAUGCUGCAUCUUCGCCUUCUUUGAAUAGCACAGUGAGCACACUAAUUGAUGGAGAGCAGCUUCAAAAUGGAAACCAUCAUACGCAACCCAGAAAAGGCACAAAACCACCUAAUAUCAGCAAAAGAAGGACCAGACCUGCUGAUAGCCAAAGGCCAAGACCAAGGGACAGACAGCUGAUCCAGGAUCGGGUUAAAGAGCUAAGGGACCUUGUGCCAAAUGGAGCAAAGUGUAGCAUUGACGGUCUUCUGGAUCAAACCAUAAAACACAUGCUGUAUUUAAGAAGCAUGACAAACCAGGCUGAAAAAUUGAGACAGUGGGUACAUCAGGAGGUGGCUGGGCGCAAGAAUUUGAGAUCACUUGAAACCAAAGAUGGACACCAAAAGGGGACUAGUUGGGCUUUCGAAAUUGGUGGUGAAAUGCAAGUUUGUCCCAUUGUUGUGGAAGAUCUUCCAUACCCGGGUCACUUGCUCAUAGAGAUGCUGUGCAGCGAGCAGGGAAUGUUCUUGGAAAUUGCACAAGUGAUUCGAAGUUUCAAUUUGACAAUCCUGAAAGGUGUGAUGGAAAGCUCUGAGAACAAUACAUGGGCUCAUUUCAUUGUUGAGGCCUCUAGAGGAUUUCACAGAUUGGAUAUCUUUUGGCCUCUGAUGCAGCUUUUGCAACGGCGAAGAAAUCCAGUUUCCAGCAAGAUAUCAUGUGCUGUGAGAUAAGAUGGAUUGGCAUGAUCUUUGAUGAAAACCUGGAAUUGCACAUUCAUAAUCACAUAUAUCAUUGCAUUGCUAGGCGGUGUAAUAACAGACCUACUAGACAUCUAAUGUAGCAGUAGCAGCACUCAUUGUCUGUGUAUAGAGUUUAAUGAAGCUUUCAUCGUGAUGUGAAAUUAGUUGCUAAAAGAAUUCAGCACAUGCUUACAUGCAUAUGCACAGAACUUUGUGUACACUGAAUAUCCAGAGAUGAAUAAUGCAUUGUGGACUCUUGAGCUGUCAGACAUCCUCAUUUUACCGAAAUUGUCACCCCUUGUCAAAAGAAUUUGGGACUCAGGGAGGUGUUUCUGCCAGUAGUAACGUAUGCCACCAACCACACGCAACAUCUUUUGGCAGGCAACCUUCAAUGGGAACUUGGGAAGGAACAUUACGGUCAAUUGUAUCACCUAGACCAAGCUGGAGGCAAAGAAGAAUUUUCAAUUAAUCUAUGGCCCGGAAUGGCAAUAUCAAAUCGGAAGGUGAGGAAGUCAUACCUGCCCAUACUUGUUCCAUCCCCAGCUAAGUACUCCGCCAUCAUCUUGAAUGUGAAAACAAGAUGCAUUGUCAAAGAAAAUAUCAAAAAAAUGUUCUUAAGUCUAAGGCAUUAAAUAUUUUAACCCUUU